CUUAAAAGCCAAUUAGAAGGUAAAAGUUUUGGUUCCCCACAAAUCAAAGAUCGAUCAUAUGCGUAUCAACGCCAAAAGAAGGAGAGCUCUUCACUCAUAAUAGCUUAAACUUGAGGUUAAAAUUGAAAUUGGAGAAUUGGAGUAUUGAAGGCUUGGGGCUACGGAUGACAACGGGUCAGGUUUUGGAUUUUAACCUUGAGGAAUCAAGGUUUUUGUGCUGCCGACUAUCUGACAGUUAAUCUUGUCUUCUAUGGCCGAAGAUGGUAUUGUGCUUCCAUCAGGGAAAAAGUGGAAACAUCCAAUCUUUGUCUUCUUUAAGGAUAUUAGGUCUGCUCUCAUGAUGGACUCACUUGGAAAGGAAAUACUUACAAUAGCUGUACCAGCAGCUAUGGCAUUAGCUGCUGAUCCUAUUGCUUCAUUAAUUGAUACUGCGUUCAUUGGUCGUAUAGGUCCAGUGGAAAUUGCUGCUGUUGGAGUAUCUAUUGCAAUUUUCAAUCAAGUCUCGAAAGUAGCUAUAUUUCCACUUGUUAGUAUUACAACUUCCUUUGUUGCUGAGGAAGAGACCGUAGAGAGAAUGAACAAUGAAGCAAUCAAACUUCAGAGCCCAAAGAAGAAUCCAACGAAUACAGAGGAGAAAAAAGAAUUGACUCAAGAUGAUGUCAAACUUGAAGAAUUGGAAAAAGGUUUACCAGAGAAAGAAGAGAGAAAGGAAUUGGCAACAAAAGAUGAUUCUAAAGAAAGCCCCUGCAAGCAUAUGCAUGUUGCUGACAAUAACUCAAAUAAGUCAAAGCUCAAAAAACAGAAGCGUAAUAUUCCUUCAGCAUCAACCGCACUAUUUUUUGGUGCAAUACUUGGACUUCUUGAAACACUGCUACUUGUACUACUAGCAAAACCAUUUUUAAGUUUGAUGGGAGUAAAACCCGGUUCUCCAAUGCUAAUACCUGCACAUAAAUAUUUGACUCUACGUUCACUUGGAGCUCCAGCGGUUCUUCUCUCUUUGGCAAUGCAAGGUGUUUUCCGUGGUUUCAAAGAUACUAAAACUCCUUUAUAUGCCACGGUGGCAGGAGAUGUGGCAAAUAUAAUUUUGGAUCCGAUCCUUAUUUUUGCUUGCAAUAUGGGAGUUAGCGGCGCUGCCAUUGCACAUGUUCUGUCACAGUACUUAAUUUCAACAAUUCUCUUGGUCAAACUAAUGCAUCAAGUUGAUCUACUACCUCCAAGUGUUAAAGCUUUGCAAUUCAAUCGGUUUCUUAAAAAUGGUUUUCUCUUGUUGUUUAAGGUAAUAGCGGCAACUAUCUGUGUGACUUUAGCUGCAUCAUUGGCUGCAAGGUUGGGUGCAAGACCUAUGGCUGCAUUUCAAAUAUGCUUACAAGUGUGGUUGACAUCAUCACUCCUUGCUGAUGGUUUGGCGGUCGCUGGACAGGCGAUAAUUGCUUCUUCAUUUGCUGAAAAGAACUUUGAAAAGGCAACAGCAGCUGCAGCUCGGGUAUUGCAGAUGGGAUUCGUGAUGGGUCUGGGUCUCGCGCUUCUGGUUGGGCUUGGAUUGCAUUUUGGUUCCGGGGUGUUUACAAGAGACAUAAACGUUAGACACAUCAUUACCAUUGGUGUCCCGUUUGUUGCUGGCACACAACCAAUUAACUCAAUAGCAUUUGUAUUCGAUGGAGUUAACUUUGGGGCAUCUGAUUUUGCGUAUUCUGCAUACUCAAUGAUUCUAGUCGCGAUAGGCAGCAUCGGUUCAUUAACUAUUUUGUACAAAUCUGGUGGUUUUGUGGGAAUAUGGGUCGCUCUAUCCAUCUUCAUGGGCUUACGUGCAAUCGCAGGCAUAUGGAGGAUGGGAACAGGAACCGGUCCAUGGUCAUUUCUUAGGAACUAGAACAAAGGUGGUUGUUUAUUAGAUAAUAAAUGGGACAAGUUAUCGUAACAGGAUGUCAAAAAUCCUCUUAUAGAGAAUGUAUACCUUCUUGGUUUCUUGCUAACAGGAUAGAUUUUACCAUAUGCUUGUUCCAACAUUAGUUGCUUGUUUUCAAAUCUCUCUUUUUUUUUUAUGUAAUAUAUAUUAAGCCAAAAAUGGAUACA